AUUAGAGGCACCAUAAACCUUUCCACCUUUGAGAUGGAGUUUGAAUGCAUGUGUGUUUGAAUUUACAAUUUUUGCAGACCCCAAAAAGGGUUAGAACUUAGAAUUGAUAAACAUUUUUGUUGGCAAUCUAAUUUGCAUACUAGUUAGAAUAGUUGUUCUUAGACUAAAAUAUCAAGCGAUAUUAACAACGGUAAAUGACAAUGACUAUUCAAUUCAGCAUUGCAUCUUAAGACUGUGGGGCACUUUGUUACUCUGGCUCUCCGAUUACCUUCCCCUUAGAUCGUUGAGAAGUAAUGGUAAACGUAGAAAAACAUUGGUGUAUCAUUAAUUGGGUUGUACAAAGGAUGACUUUUCAUUUUCGAUAACGAUUUUUAUUUUCAUGAUCUAAUUGCUUCUAGUACAGAAAACGGUUCAAACAAGGCAUUUGGUACAUGAUAGACAAGUUUAGAAUUUCCUUUGACAAAUAUGCGUAGUGAAAGCUACCAUUGCUAUUGUUUACCCCUUAGAAAUAUCAUUUAUGUCUUAUAUUAGCAAGUAAGCAACUAGUUGGCAAAUGUGGGAUUACUUGUACCGAAAAUUAGGUUAAAACUUGAACUACCCCCUAAAAGAGUACGGAAUGAUUGUCAAAAAUGUGUGGUAAAGGACUAAACAUAUGCAGCAACUUGUCAACCUAAAUGUAUGCUAUAUAUGAAUAUGAUGAAUGUGCUAGUGCAACAAUUUCAUUUACCUGCACCUUCUCUUAUCCUUAACAAUGUCCUCUCCAUUUGUAUCCUCUUCUCUCCUCUCGUCAUCACCGUCCUCGGAUCUUCCUCUACGUGAAAUCCCGGGAAGUUAUGGCCUUCCCUUCUUUGGAGCCGUAAAAGAUAGAUGGGACUUCUUUUACCUCCAAGGGCGAGACAAGUUCUUCAGGUCUCGAAUGGAGAAUUACAACUCCACUAUUUUUCGAGCUAACAUGCCUCCUGGCCCGUGGAUAUCCCCUGACCCACGGGUUAUCGUUCUUCUGGAUGCCAACAGCUUUCCAGUUCUCUUUGAUAACUCUAAAGUCGAAAAACGCGAUGUUUUUACGGGAACUUACAUGCCUUCCACCUCCUACACUGGGGGUUAUCGUGUGUGCCCUUACUUGGACCCAAGUGAGCCCGACCAUGGAUCUCUCAAAGCCCUGAUCUUCUCUUUCCUCGCCUCUAAACACGAGGACUUCAUCCCUCUCUUUCAGACCUGUAUGAAAGGAAUGUUCUCCGGGCUUGAGGAUAAGCUCAGAGACGCAGGUCGGGCCGAGUUUGGGCAGCUCAAUGAUGUUCUAUCUCUUGAGUUUGUUUUCAGACUGUUUUGUGAUGGCAAGAGCCCUUUAGACACCAAACUAGAGUCGAAUGGACCCAUCAUGCUCAAGAAGUGGCUACUUGGUCAAAUAGGACCCGUGGGUUCAUUAGGGUUACCCAAGUUGUUAAACCCGAUUGAUGAUUUCAUAAUGCACUCUGUUGGACUGCCUUCUCUCUUAGUGAAAAAUGAUUACAAAAAGCUAUUUGAUGCAUUUUACUCCUCAGCUAUAUCAUUCUUAGACAAAGCAGAAAGUUUUGGUUUGAGUAGAGAAGAGGCAUGCAAUAACUUGGUUUUCGUAGCUGGAUUCAACUCAUUUGGCGGGUUUACAAUAUGGAUCCCGUCAAUGAUGAAAUGGGUUGCAUCUGCAGGGGAGAGCCUACACCGUGAGCUAGCUGAGGAGAUUAGGACCACCGUGAAGUCCGAGGGUGGGGUCACUUUGAAUGCCAUCAACAAGAUGGCAUUGACCAAGUCAGUGGUUUACGAGGGUCUAAGGAUUGAACCACCCGUACCAUACCAGUACGGGAAGGCUAAGGAUGAUUUGGUUGUCCAAAGCCAUGAUGGUUCGUUUAAGAUCAAGAAAGGAGAGAUGAUAUUUGGGUUCCAACCAUUUGCGACUAAAGAUCCGAAAAUCUUUGAUGACCCGGAGAAGUUUGUAGCGGAUAGAUUCGUAGGGGAGGAAGGAGAAAAGCUGUUGAAGUACGUGUUAUGGUCGAAUGGACGAGGGGUUGAUGAUCCGACGGUGAAUGAUAAGCAAUGUCCUGGUAAGAAUCUGGUGGAGCUGAUAUCCCAAGUUUUCCUGGUGGAAUUCUUCUUGCAGUACGACACAUUUUCUGUUGAAAUGUCUGAUAGUAAUCUCACCUUCUUGUCUAUAAAGAAAGCUAGCAGCACUUGAUGUUGGGGGAAAUAAGCAACGAUUUGUAUCAUUCUUUAUUUUGUGUCUUAUGAAUUUUGCUUAUUACUGUUUUUUCUUAAUGAAAAUGAUAAAGGUCGCAACAUGCGACCUUUAAGCCGUGUUACAAUAAUGAAAUGACAUGCUUAUGUGUCAUGAUUUAAAUUGGAAGCUAAAAUAUUUAAAUUAUAUAACAUAUUAUACAUGUUUUAAAAAAAAGUAGGAAAAUCUUAAUAUUCUAAUUUGAUUCCUUCUUUAUAUCGACUACCUGUCGCAUAACUUACGUGGCGCAUAUAUGUAACAAUUAAAUUCCGACACGUAAAAUUGCGAUAACUAAAUGUUAUCGCAACCUACGACCUUUAUCAUCACAUGAAAUAAUAUGAAUGAAAUUCCUCGUUGAUUAGAGUUUACAACUUCUGCCAUAUAAGUGUUAA